ACUUGAGAACUUUGCAUGCGAUGUCUUCAGGCGAGAAAGUAGACCUAGUCACACAGAUGCAUAUUUAUUUGACGCUUAUAAUCUAGAAAGAUUCCCGUUACCAAGAAAUAAAACUGUAUGGGGUUUAUUGCAUUACGAAGCGCCAUUCUGUAAAGUCAUGUUUAUGUAUGAAAAAGCGUUAAACUUGUUCAAUUAUUCAGCAACUUUUGGAAGAAAUAGUAACGUACCUAUGCCGUUAAUAUGGAUUGGUGGACGCGAUAUAGUAACAGAUACGCUGUAUUUCGUUAACACUUUAAAUAAGAAUGAACUUCUGUCAGAGAUAAGUCCUGUACUAUUCUUGCAGUCCGAUUGCUUCACUCCUACAGAAAGGGAAAUAUAUGUCGAUAAACUUAUGAAAUAUAUACAAGUAGAUUCAUAUGGGAGAUGUCUUAAUAAUAAAAAGUUACCUCUAAGCAACACGUAUAAAGAUUCAUACCAAUACCACUUGAACGGUGAAGAAUUACUAGAGUUUAUAGCAAAGUACAAGUUUAUGAUAGCAAUAGAAAACUGCAUUUGCAACGAUUAUGUUACUGAGAAAUUCUGGAGGGCUAUAAAAGUGGGUGUAGUGCCGAUCUACUACGGCUCGCCGCUGAUCAGGGACUGGCUGCCGAACAACAAGUCGGCCAUACUGCUGGAGGACUUCCCCACGCCGGAGCUGCUCAGCCAACACCUGCACUACCUCCUGAACAACGACACGGCGUACGAAGAAUACCUCGAGCAUAAGACUCUAGGAAAGAUUUCUAAUGAGAAACUUGUAAAAGAAUUACAAGAGAGAGCUUACCAAACGGAUUUAGAUGCAGUAGUCAAUACAUUUGAAUGCUUUAUCUGUGAGAGGCUUUAUGAUGAAAAAAAGCAAGUCAACAUAGUGAAUAAAAGCCACUAUGAUUGUCCAGAACCUUAUUCAGCAUUGUCGCUCUGUGUAAAUCCGGAAAAUCCUAAACUAGAAUUGUUACGAGAUGCAAAAGAAGACUUGGAUAAGAUAUAUAAAGAAAUUGAGAACUCAGAUAUGAGUUAUCAUGGUUCCAAUAUGACUUGGUGGUGA